AUGGAAAAUGAAUUUUUAUCGAAUCCUGAUGAAUUAAUUAAUAACAACAAUCAACUAGAUUCAACAUUGUGCUUUCCUGCAAGUCAUGAUGUUUCUUUUGGCAACACAACAAAUUCUACAGAAAGUCCUAUUGGUGUGUGCUGGACACACGAUUUACUUGAUGGUGCCAUAUUUAUUGUGUCAAAUGGAACUUAUCAAACCAACAACAUUCCAAAAGAUUGGCAACAUCCAGUUGAUUUGGUUACACUCGAUCAACAAUCUGGAACUUCAUUGGGAGCCUCUGCUUGCAUUGAACAAUUGCUCCAGGAAAUCAAUCAAUUAAAGAAUAAUCUUGGACCAUGGCUCAAUGAAAUUUUUGUACAAAACCAAGAACCAGAAAGUAAUAGUACCCCUAUCGUUUCCAAUACAGUUGUUGCAAACAAUGAUCAACAUGUUAACACAGUUCAACUUCAUAAUACACAUUAUGUCGAACAAAUUGACCAAAGUUCUGUUAACAUCUCACAUACCGUCCCAAGUACCUUAUCAAACUCAAACACUACUGAAAAUUUUCCAAUUCUUUCAGCAUCAACAUUAGCAUUAGUUCAAUGUGAAGCACCAGAGAUUCUCAAUCAGCCAAAAAAAGAAUGGCACUACCGAAACAUGAAAGAUCUUGCGAAAAAUCAAAUUCCUCUUUUAGCUGGUGAUGGUUCUCAACGUAAAUUGACACGCGUAAAAGUUCCUCCCCAAGGCACUUAUUCAAUGUAUCUGGGUAUUAAGGUGCAAACUCAUGAUAAUCGUGAACAUCGUUCAAAAAUACCUGUCCCUCAAGGUACCACUGUCAGUAUGGACUUAUUUUCUAAUGACAACAAUCUCGAUCGUCUACAAUUCGAUCGAUGUGAUUCAACAGAUUAUUUCGAUCGAGAACAUGCAUAUGUUUAUUCAAAAAUUAGUUUGGAAGAACAUGAAGCUGGUGAAAAAGAGUAA